CAACGAAUGUACACCGCUAACUGCUUUCCGUGGAGGCAUUCCUUGUGGGUGCACGCAAAAACAUGCGACUGACGUGUACAUGCAUUUACAAGAGUAGGUGUUUAUUUUGUGUUUGACGCUGUUCCUAGUUUUCUUCAGUACGGGCUCCUGUUGCGAGCUGAAACCAGUCUCGCGUCUUUUGGACAACUAAUGGCAGGCAACCAGGCCAGCCGGGCAUGCAAGUCAAGACGGCAGCUGUAGCUCAGCGGUGGACAUACACGUCAGGAUGCACGUCAGUGCCACAGUGGAACAACUCUGGACCUUCUUCGAAGCCACGAAUUCUUUGCUGUCGUCGAAAGCAUGAACUCAUAUCCUCGGGUGGACCGCGUAUUCAAAGAUUCGAAGAUGUGGCAGGUGAUUAUGGUUGCGUGUCUUGUGGUCGGUGCGGAGAGCAUGUCCAUGUCUGAUACGGAGCAUAAUACAUCUUCGUUCAUGAAAGAAGUCUCAACGUUCAGCGGAUACCUGAACUCAUUCCUGGAUAUGCUGUAUCCACUGCCGGACAAGCACCACAACCACAAAGAGGUCUCGACCGUUCAAAAGAAGCUUCUAGAAGAUCUUUCAGAUCCUGCUACCACUUAUGCGGUAUGGCAGGCUGCCAUGGAGCUGGCGCAGGAACACACCGAUCCUUCUUCAAAAACCCAACCUCGCAGACUCAUUCCAGAUGCAAUCAUGUUUUUGGUGAAAGCGGCUGACGCGACGGAAUCUGGGGAAACAGCAGUCGCUACGAAACUUCGAAAUGAGGCAGCGAUAAACCUGCACCUAGCAAUGAAGCAAAUGGAGCAGCUCCUCGGACUCAACAGACCUGCUGGUGAUUGGCAAGCUCUAGCGGAUCAUGGGUCGAUGCUGUGGCGACGCAAGAAUAACGAAGUGGCAGGGCGUGCAGCUGCCAUGUUGGAUGACAUUGCGGGAAUGUAUGAUGACGCGGGGCAGCGCCUGUUGCAAAUUAGGGAAGAACGAGGGAUCGUCGGAUACAGGAUGCAAAAGCUAGCAGAGCUACAGAAAAGUAUCCAGGAAACACAGCAACACCGGAAAUUGAUGGGCCGAGCGAGGUAGCUUUUUUCAGCUAUAGGAGGCUAUGAACGAGACUGGAAGCAAAGUAUCCCCUUCACAGUCAAAUGGCUCACCUGAGGAGAAACAAGGCACCAAGGAUCGCUACGUUGUGCAAACACCGUUUUGCUUCAGCUCAUAAUUAGCUUCUUACCACGACUACCACCAGACCUGUCAAGACCUGGACGUUACAUGCCAACUUGUGCGAUGCGGUUUACGCUUUUACGCCACCAACUGUCGUUGAUUACUGUCAGAUUCAUUUUAGUGAACACAACGAGUUUGAUACACGUCGUUGACCUUCUGUUCGGUCGAUAAUGCCUUCUCUUUGCCUCAGAAGGCGUUUCAAAAGUGCUAUGCUGCCUCGGUAGAAGUCACUGUGGACUCAUUCGAAGAUGGCUUGUCCCGGCCAUCUGGCGCCCGUGGCAGCUCUGCACACAGGACCCCUAAGCAUCCUAGAUGAUAAAAAGUUGUAUGAAUCCAAAGCAGAUAGAGGGUUUGUCGACCGAACACUCGUCCUGCGCU